AUGGUUUCGAAAUGGAAAUCUAUAGGCAUUUGCUGCAUAUGCUACUCAGCAUGGUGGCAUUUUCAUUUGUUGUGUCGUGAGGGACGCUUUGGACCUUUGGGCGACCAAAAGUUCUGCCGAGACACGCGGAAAGCACGCCUUGAAACCUAUGUCAGGAAUGGUUGGGCUCCUUUUUGGGGCGUUGCUGGCAAACAGCACAUUGUUUUUGAUCAGUUGUGCUAUCAUCCCUUGAUGGAGCUGGUAAAUGCUAACCAUUUCGUGACUCUCGCGGGCGUUGGGUAUUUGAAAAGUCGAGUUUAUGGGUACCGGCCCCAGAUCGACAUCAGUUGGCCUGAGAUGCCGGUGACCAUGGAUGCUGCAAACGGCGGGUGUGACUGCAGCGCGCGGCCACGGCUGGUGUCAUUCCAAGGCGCAGGCACGCGGAAGGUGCGACACACGCUGCAGGAAUUGCACGAUGGCGAGGAAAUUGUCGUGCACGUGGUAGAUGUUUCGAAGAGCUCUUUGAAUACCACAGAUGCGCGGUGGAAUCUGAGCCAUCCAAUCAAGCAACCGUAUGCCAAUCUCAUGUGGGAAAGUGACUUUGCCUUGGCUCCUGCAGGUCACACCCAGUGCUCUUUACGUCUCUAUGAGAUCAUGUCCUUCUGCACUAUCCCCGUGAUCCUGGCCGAUGAAAAAUUCCUUCCCUUCAAUGAGAUUCUCAAUUGGUCUGAGAUGGCUGUGCUGGUGCCCGAGAAGGAAGCCCUGUCCAUCCCCAUGCGGUUGCGUAGCAUCGACCCUGCGACGCGUUGCGCAAUGCGGCGCAAGGCCCAUGAGGCAUUCCACAGAUACUUUGCAAAUGUCACCGCGAACAUCCGGGGUCUCCUGGACGUUUUGCAAAUGUACUGGCAGGAAGGAUUUGGCCCCAACGAGGAGUCACGGAGAUUGGAGCAAGAGUUCCAGCAGCACUCGCGGCUCUUGUCCUGGUCCCCACUGGCGCAAGAGGAUUUUCAGCGGCGAAUCAGCAGCUUGGCCCAUUUGCGACAUGGAGCGCACUUGGACCAGGACAAGGAUUGCAAAGUAUCCUUAAACGAAGUGCUGACAUUUGCUUCCGCAGAUCAUCAAGCCGGUGCUGAAUCCCUGGCGUGUUGGGCCAUGAGUGCUGUUGGCACUGGAGGCCACCGGGAUGGGAUCAUUGCACGGAUUGGCAAGAGGCGAAUAGAGGGAGAUGGCAGAACUGGACAUUUGAAUGGGGUGAAUCCCAGGCUUUCCAUGGCAGCUCGAGCAAAGAAGAGCUCCACCAUAUCUUCCAACAGAAAGAUGUUCCUUGGGCUGGUGGCCACGGUGGCGGGCAAUGGGCUCAGCCUGAAGGAAGGUCAAGCCUGGCACGAGGAUUUGGAGCUGCUGGAGCUCUUGGUGACUUCUGCUUUCCAUCACUUGGAUUCUGACUGGGACCAGCAGCUGAACCGCAGGGAGUUUGAAUCCGUUGAGGCAUGCGAGGAUGCCUUGGAUUUUUCGACGCUAGAUUUCAACAACGACAGCCACAUCGCCCUGCGCGAGCUGCUUUGGCAACCCUUGCUGUCCUGGGAAAUACGACAACUGGCCUUGCAGCAAGGCUUUGCCUUGGCCGAUGAAGACCAAGAUGGACAGCUUAGUGGUCCAGAGAUGGAAAGGCCCUCCGGGCAGCAGCUGCUGCAUCUGCUCAGCGACGCUGCGACGACAUCCUCGUCGUUUCAAAGCGCCGGUUGCGUCGCACGGACCUGGCGCCGGGAGGAGCCCUGGGCCCAGGAGCUGCGACGUUGCGGUUUUGUGCACCUGUUGCCGGGCCUAUUUCCAGAGGCAUUCGUGACUGAGACCUUAACGCUGGCGAAACGGUCCAAUUGCAGCGUGCAACCAUUGAAUGCAGAAGGGAUCUCGCUGGAUCAUGGAGACUUGCGACAGGCACUGCAGGAAGUGAUGAGCCCAAAGGAGUGCUGCGAAGUCCUUGCGCUACAAUUCGAAUGCCUCCCACAGUUCGACGUGGAUGCCCCGGCGUGGCGUGGCAGCAACUCUCCAGGCCGAGAGGUUGAGCGCUAUACAGUGCUUUUGGUGUUGGAGCCCGUGACCGUCCCCUUGUUGGCCUUCGCGGCGCAUUCCGAGAGAUCCUGGGAUCAUCCGGGCUGUGCUGAUGGUGCGGUGCGUUCGCAAGACGGCUAUGUGGCACGACGCUUGUGGCAAUGUUGGGGAGGUUGA